AUGUGCGGCUACCACGAACUCCAAACCCCUUGCUGUCACGAAAAGACAGGUUUCGCACCCUCUCCAUCUCACAGAUGUACCCACUUCUACGCCAAAAAUCGCUACUGCCGCACCGGCUCCCUCCACUCUUGGAUCCUGCCCUCUCCACCUCUAACCACAAAUUACCUCUGUUCAAACUGCAAGACAGCCCAAGAACAUCACCAAGCACUUCUUGCAGCUGAGAUGAGAAAGCAAGAAGCACAAAGGGAAAAGGAGAGAAAAGAACAAGAGGAAAGACGCAAGAAUGAGGAGGCUAGAAGCAAGGGAUGUAUGUUUGCCUGGUAUCUUGGAGAAGUCGCAUGGUUUAUCAGAUUGCAAGAACGGCUCGGCCAUGAGGUUGUUUCUACUGAGCCCGAAGGGGGUCGGAGAGAUAGAAGUGACAUGAAAGAGAUCAAAAAUGUUGCCAGCUCAGAGAGAUAUGAGUACCAAGUGCCAAAAAGAAAGGCGGCGGUUCUCAGAGUCGAACUCGAGAACCUGCUCGCGAUGUGCAUGCUUAUCGAAGUUGACCCAGCCUCGGUAUAUACACAUAUCUCUGGGUCUCUGCAGCAAAGUGAAAGAACCAGACAGCGAAAGUGCAAAAGUGAUUGGGUGCUCAUGAGCAAAAAGGAAUCGGUCGCUCUCGUGGUCGACCUCAGGAACUUGCCUGCUAUGUGCACUUAUUUCACGGUAACCCGACCUAUCUUACGGAGAGACCCCUACACUACUGAGCACGUCUUCUUCCUCUAA